AUGGGUUUGUUUUACACAAGCAGGAUUUAUCCAGAUGAGAGAAAUGAUUUAUCCCCACAGCUUCAAACACACUCACCCUUAUACAAUACAGCUUCAUCUCCUCUGCUAAAAUCUAAUGGCCGUCGCCGAGGCGGUGUGAGAAGUAAGAUUACUGAAGUUUUGAAACUUGGGUGGCCUAAAGUAUUUUCAGAGGAACAAGAUGAACCAUGGAAGAACAAGAUACUUGAUCCAGGGAGUGAUAUUGUAUUGCACUGGAACCUGGUUUUCGUGUUCUCUUCUUUAUUGGCUCUAAUAAUAGAUCCAUUUUUUUUCUACUUGCCAGUGUUAGUAGGAAAUGGAAACUCAUCUUGUGUGAAGAUGGAUAUGAAUUUGGGGAUUAUAGUGACAUAUUUCAGAACAAUUACUGAUCUCUUCUAUCUAUUUCAUAUCCUCAUAAAGUUUAGAACUGCAUAUAUAGCACCUACUUCUCAAGGAUUUGGAAGGGGUGAGCUUGAAUUGGAUUCUAGAAUGAUUGCCAAAAGGUAUUUAAGAACAGAUUUCUUCACCGAUCUUGCAGCUGCACUACCUAUUCCACAGGUAGUGAUAUGGUUUAUAAUACCAGAACUUAGAAGCUCCCACACUGAUCAUACCAACAUUGACCUUCUGCUCAUUGUUCUGAUCCAAUAUAUUCCAAGAUUAUAUCAAAUUUUUCCAAUGGGUUCUGAAAUUAUUAAAGCUACAGGAGUUAUUGCAAAGACUGCUUGGGUUGGUGCAGUGUAUAAUCUACUACUCUACAUGAUAGCUAGUCAUGUUUUAGGGGCAGCAUGGUAUUUGUUGGCAAUUGAACGUUACACAGUGUGUUGGAAAUCAGAAUGCAGAAAUGAUCAAAUUGAGGCUUUAAAGUGCAGUCUUAGUUAUUUAGAUUGUAAAUCUUUGAAGAAUACUAAUCGAACAAUUUGGGCAAACACUACAGUUGUGUUUGAUAAUUGUGAUGUUAACAGUCAAAAUCUCACUUUCAAUUAUGGAAUCUUUUCAUAUCUACUUAUUAAUAAUGUUUUGUCUACAAGUCUCCUCAGGAAAUACUUCUUCUGUGUUUGGUGGGGCUUGCAAAACUUGAGUUGUUAUGGGCAGGUUUUGAUAACAAGCACCUUUCUUGGGGAGACAUCAUUUUCCAUAUUCGUUGCACUUGCUGGUCUGGUAUUAUUUGCCCAUUUGAUUGGAAACAUGCAGACCUACUUGGCAUCUAUCACUGGAAGGGUUGAUGAAUGGAGACUGAAACAAAGGGACACAGAAGAAUGGAUGAGGCAUCGCCAACUCCCGCAGGAUUUACGAGAACGUGUUGAGAAUUAUAACCAAUAUAAGUGGCUUGCUACCCAAGGAGCUGAUGAAGAAGCUAUCCUCCGUUCCUUACCAAUUGAUAUUCGUCGAGACAUCCAACGCCACCUAUGUUUGGACCUUGUUUGUCGGGUCCCUUUUUUCUCACAGAUGAAUGACCAGCUGCUUGAUGCCAUAUGUGAGUGUCUUGUAUCUUCCUUAAGCACUAAAGGAACCUACAUUGUUCGUGAAGGUGACAAAGUAACUGAGAUGCUUUUUAUCAUAAGAGGGAGACUGGAAAGUUCCACCACUGAUGGAGGGAGAAUAGGUUUCUUUAAUUCCAUUACUUUAAGACCAGGUGACUUUUGUGGGGAGGAGUUGCUUGAAUGGGCUUUACUUAAUAAAUCCACUCUUAACUUGCCUUCAUCCACAAGGACUGUCAAAGCACUUAGUGAAGUGGAGGCAUUUGCCUUGAAAGCAGAAGAUCUCAAGUUUGUAGCAAACCAGUUCAGACCCUUGCACAGUAAGAAGCUACAACACACUAUUCGCUUCUAUUCUCACCAUUGGAGGACAUGGGCUGCUUGCUUCAUACAGGCUGCUUGGCGUCAACACAAGAGAAGGAAGAUGGCAAAGGACCUCUUCAUGGAGGAUUACUCCUUAUCUUGUUCAUAUCCAUUAAUGCUUGAGCAAGGAGCUGUUGGAACAGGAGAAUUAGGAGAAGAGACUAGUGAUGUUUCAACUACAUGUCCUUCUAUACUGAAACAAAACCUAGGUGUCACAAUUAUAGCUUCAAUGUUUGCUACAAACUCGAAGAUGGGAGCUCAGAAGAUCAAUGGCGUUGAUAUUUCCUUACAGAAGCCUGAAGAACCCGAAUACUUUACUGAGCCUGAUGAUGAUUAG